AUAAGGGAUAAUGCAUGAAUAGUUCGCUAGAUAUGUUUAUGUAUAACUAUACAAUGUUGGAGCCAGACAUUAUAUAUAUAUAUGUUUGCAUCAUGAUUGCAGCUGUGGAAUUAACCACAACAAUGAAAUCAUGUUAAUAAUAAUUUCCUUUAGAGAUAAAAAAUAAGAAGUGCAGUGGGAGGAAAUUGAGUAAUCAUUAAAAAACACAUUAGGGGUGGGGCUUGCAGAGGUUUUGGAUUCUAGCAGCUGGGCAGUUGUAAACAGUUGUGAAUGAGACCUUGGCUGCUGCAGAAUGUAAGGAGGGUAGCAGGUCUGCAGCACAUUCACACAUAUGGAGGGACCUGCCUGGGGAACAGCAGCUUGAACAUCGUUAGAUCAGCUUUUCCCAGGAAGCAACGAAAAGUUCUGCAACGAAAAAAAUGUGUCUCCAAGACUGGUACCGAGUCCAGUGUCUGUUUUUUGUCUUGUUUGUCAUUCGUGCUGCCUGUCAAGUACAGGUGACAAACAGCAGAGCUCUGCAAACUGCUGGACCUCACCGGCUUUCCCGAGGAAUCUGGGCUUCUUGGAGUUCAUGGACCUCCUGCUCUAGCACCUGUGGAGUUGGAGCUGCAAUCCGCACACGGCGCUGUCUGCAUCUGCAGCUUGGCCCAUAUGGUGUCAGCAGUUUCAACGCUUCAGGAUUGCUUCCAAGCUGGACAAGGAGAGUGGUGAAGUACAAGGCCACUAGAGAGGACACUUGUCAAGGGGAGAAACGACAAUACAAAGUCUGCCAGUUGGAGGCAUGUCCUGCUAAUGCUCGGCCUUUCAGGGAUGUACAGUGCUCUGUUUAUAACUACAAAUCCAUUCCAGGCACACAACAGACGUUUGAGUGGGUCCCAUUUUAUGGAGCUGCCUCUGCCUGUGAGUUAAACUGCUUGGCUGUCGGACACAAUUUUUACUAUACUUUUGGGCGGGUACUAGAUGGCACCACAUGUGGGACAGAUUCUGGAGGUAUCUGCAUCAACGGCCAAUGUCUGAAAGCCGGCUGUGAUGGGAUCUUGGGUUCGGAAUCUACCACUGACUUGUGUGGGAAAUGUGGAGGAAAUAAUGACUCGUGUUUUUUUAUCCAGAAUGUUUAUCACUCAUCAUUUCCCUCUUCAGGAUUCUUUGGGUAUAAAAAUGUAACCAGAAUACCAGCGGGAGCAAGACAGAUUAAAGUGACUGAUCAAAGCCGGAAUUUUUUAGCCUUAAUGAAUGCAAACAGGCAUUAUGUGAUCAAUGGGGACUGGUCGAUAUCCUGGCCUGGAGUGUACAAGGUGGCAGGAACAUUGGUGAAUUACAGCCGUACUGCAGACAACCAUGAAGUCAUAGAAGCAGCUGGCCCAACAAAGGAAGAUAUCUAUAUACUGGUUCUCUUUCAAGAACAGAACCCAGGUAUUAAAUAUGAGUUUUGGAUGCCUAAGGAUAUCUACUAUCAAAUCCAGGGGGAUUCCCAGGCACUGGUGCUACAGCUGCCUAAUGAUAUGAAUCAGGACCCUUUGGUACAUAAAACUCUUUCCACUACACAAAGUGCCAAUAUGCGACCAGUACAACCGAAUAAGACCCCUUCUGCUUCUUCAAGUACAGCACGUUGUGGAAAGUGCAAAAACCUCAGAGGCAAGUCCCAGAGGAUAAAACAUUACUGUCAGAGUGACUUUGUACUCCGUGCCAUGGUAUUGGGAAAGAGGUUACUUGGACACGAGACUCGAUAUGAUAUCCUGGUGAAGCACGCCUAUAAAAACAAGUUCCCUAUUGUGCACCGUGAAUAUAUCUGGGUAUCCAACAUAUGUGACUGUCCCCAACUCCUAGAACAACAGGAAUAUCUUAUAAUGGCUUCGAGACAUGUGAACUAUGAACAUACUCUGAACAGGAUCCUGCUGUCUGCUGAAAGCUACGUCAGACCCUGGUCCCCAAGAGAGGACCAGCAGCUGCAGCAUGUGAAAAAACGUUGUACAACUUCUCCCUGAGGCCUCCCCAAGAUAUGUUUUCUAACAAAUUUCCAGCUGGAUGGGGGCAGUAACUGGGAUAAAGGAUUUUUUUAAGACUAAAUAACAAAUGUUGGUGGAUGAAGCUGCAUGAAGAAUCCUCACAGACACCUGGACAAUCAGAGAGGGCUAAAGACCAGAUAUAUGUAGUUGAUUUCUGCACAUUACAGAGCUGUAGGAUAAUACUUGCAGAUACUAGUAGGUGAUAUGGGAAAUUAUAGCUCAGGUUAGGUAACAGGGAUUAUGCUCUGAACAGAGUGACUAAUUGUGGGAACUAGGAAGAGUGAAUAAUUUGGAUGUUAGAGCUAUUUUACUGUCAGUGAACAGUGAAGAUUGAGUGUUUGAUUUGAAGAUUAAAACAGUGAGUUACAGUAUGGGUGAUCUGAAGUUAAAACUAAAAAGGACAUUAAAGUACUUUUUUACAUUUGCAUUAAAAAUGAGUUACUGUAUUGUAAAAAAUUUGCAUAAAAUUACAUUUUUAAAAGCAUUUAAACCAUUGUUUUAUUUUACAAUUUGGAAUCCAGGGACAUACCAACUGAAAGCCUCUACUGAAUGUUGUUUAUCUUAUCUUCUUUGCUAUGACCAAUUAGGGACAGAUAUAAAUGAGCUCAAAGCUUUAAAUUACAUGAAAUGUGUGGAGGGCAGAAUUAGAGGGACAUUAAAUUGCUGUACACAACUACAAAAGAAUAGUAACUAUCAGGGCCGUCUUUAACACAGGGCAAAAGGGGCAGCUGCCCAGGGCCCAGUCUUUGUUGAGGGGCCCAUGAGUCCUAAAAAAAAAUAAAAAAAUUUUUGGUUCAUGCCAGACUGCUGAUGUAAUGUGACAUGGGGGGCACACAGAGUCAGUUCUAAUACUGCCACAGUCAAACGUUCUCUGCUUAUAUUUAUUUGUGGGAAACUAUGACAGACCGUGCCGGUGUCAUGUGACAUGCCAAGCUAGUGCCAUGUGCUGCUUUAGAUGUGCACUCCAGCACUGAAUGCUAAGCCCUAACUCAGCAUCCAGCCAGUCCCACUGCAUCAGAAAAGGUCCUGCUGGGGUUACCACUGUUACCAGGUAACUGCUUUGGUGGUGAGCAUUGUUUCUGGGUAGGGCUGACUGUAGGUGCAUGCAGUCAUCUGUUCUGCUCUCUUCAGUCUUGAGGCUGUGUGACUCAUCUCACACUGCAUAAAUGCAGCCUUGUACAGACAGCAUCCAGUCUGCUGGUCCCCUUAGCCCCGCUCUUUUUACUGUGGCCCUAAGAUCAACUAACUGAAGUUUGUAGAAAGGUGUCAGUGGGAAGAAUAAGUGAGUGCAUACACGCCCCUCCCCCAUGCAGCAUAGUCUAGUGCAGGGUGAGAGGGAACUUGUUCCUAGCAAAGAAGUGACAUGUGCUGCUGUGGCUGAUGUAUAGUGGCAUGCUGAUACUUCACACAUUAAGUUAAGGUUUAUUUUUAUAGGUUUUUUUCUCUCUGUCUCAGAUUUUACAGCUUCCAAUAGUAGUUCUGCUGUUCGAGUCAGUACCCUGCUCUUCCUGCUUUCCCAGCCUCUUUCAGUGGGUGUCCUAGCCUAACCUCACCAACAAUGCUAAACUGGGAGCUUCUAAGUAAGUUUUUAAAAGGUUUUAUACUGGAUUUUUAUAUCAGCACCUGUGUAUAUUAUUCAUUAUAGUAGUGUCUUUGACAUGCAGUUAUAUGAAAAUUGGUGUAUACUGUCCCUUUAACCCCUUAAGUGCUAACGACAGCUCAGAGUUUCCCACUAUGGUGCUCUCUCCCACCCUGAGGGAGAUCUCGGGGCUCCUACCACGGCAAUCAGGCCUGCAUAGUUACAGGCAUCGCCGGGGCUUCAUGUUUUGCGUGGUGACGUCACCGUGCAACUUUAUUAAAAAUUUACAAUACAAAGUAUAGGGAAAGGGGGCAUGCUGCUUAGACGCCUGUAUCUUGGGCAUCUAAGCAGCUACAGACCCCAAAGACCCACCGUUGGAAAGUUAAAUGCCUAACUUUUCCAACGGUGUAAAUCUUGGGGAUCUGGAAAAAAAAAUACAAAAGUUAAAAAAAAUAAAAAAUAAAAAAUUAAAUAAUAAAAAAACAAACUUAAAUCACCUUAGCACCCAGGUGGGAAAGUGCUCAAAGGGUUAAGCUCCAAGAUGGCAGCAUCCAGUAUGAAGAGGCAGAGCUUCAGUAUCUGGCACCUUUAAGUUAUUAAAACAGGAAAACAGAUUUGAUAAGAGCUGCAGGAACAGGAUGAAAAGCAAUAAAAUAGUGAGUAGUUACUUUUCUUUUGUAGUUGUGCACAGCAGUUUUUUGUCCCUUUACACUUUAAAGGGAUAUAAAACCCAAUUAGUUACUUUCAUGAUUCAAAUAGGGCAUGUAAUUUAAAACAACUUUCCAAUUUACUUCUAUUAACUCAUUUGUUUUGUUCUCCUUGUAUCCUUUGUUGAAAAGAAUACCUAGGUAGGCUCAGGAGCUGCUUAUUGGUGUCUGCACAUAUAUACAACAUAUUAUUGGCUUAUGUGUUCAGCUAUCUCCCAGUAGGGCAUUGCUGUUUUUUCAACAAGUGAUACCAAUAAAAUUAAGCAAAUUAGAAA